AUGGCGAACCCCGCAGCGGAGACCACCAUCAAGGUGGUGUGCCGUUUCAGGCCGCUGAACAGCUCGGAGGUGGCUCGGGGAGACAAGUACAUCCCGAAGUUUCUAGGGGAUGACUGUGUGCAGAUGGGGGGUAAACCGUACAACUUUGACCGUGUGUUCCAGUCCACUACAACUCAGGUGGAAUUCUACAAUGCUGUGGCUCAGAAGAUUGUCGAAGAUGUUCUUGGGGGCUACAAUGGGACAAUAUUUGCCUAUGGGCAGACAGCAUCUGGUAAAACACACACAAUGGAGGGGAAACUCCAUGACACAGACAUGAUGGGAAUAAUUCCCAGAAUUGUUGACGACAUCUUCAACUACAUUUAUUCCAUGGAUGAGAAUCUGGAGUUUCACAUCAAAGUUUCAUAUUUUGAGAUCUAUUUGGACAAAAUCAAGGACUUGAUGGAUGUAACAAAAAUCAACCUCUCUGUACACGAAGAUAAAAACAGAGUGCCCUAUGUCAAGGGGUGUACCGAGCGUUUCGUGAGCUGUCCCGACGAGGUCAUGGACGCCAUAGACGAAGGCAAAAACAACAGACAUGUGGCUGUCACAAACAUGAACGAGCACAGUUCCAGGAGUCACAGCAUCUUCCUCAUCAACAUCAAGCAGGAGAACUCUCAGACAGGACAAAAACUCACCGGCAAGCUCUACCUCGUUGAUCUGGCCGGCAGUGAAAAAGUGGGUAAAACGGGAGCAGAGGGCACAGUGCUGGAUGAAGCCAAGAUGAUCAACAAGUCCCUGUCGUCACUGGGAAAUGUCAUCUCAGCUCUGGCAGAGGGCUCGAGCUAUGUACCGUACAGAGACAGCAAGAUGACCAGGAUCCUGCAGGACUCCCUGGGAGGGAACUGUCGGACCACCAUGGUCAUCUGCUGCUCACCCUCCGCUUUCAAUGACGCUGAGACCAGGUCCACUCUGAUGUUCGGACAGAGGGCGAAGACCAUCAAGAACACAGUGACUCUGAAUGUGGAGCUGACUGCAGAGCAGUGGAAGAAAAAGUGGGAGAAAGAGAAGGAGAAGAACAAGACGCUGAAAACCACCGUCACCUGGCUGGAGAACGAGCUCAACCGCUGGAGGGGUGGAGAGAGUGUGCCAGUGGAGGAUCAGUUCGAUAAAGAAAAGGCCAACGCAGAGGUUUUGGCGCUGGACAGCACGCUCAACAACGAUAAGACAGCACCCACUCCUGCCCUCAGCACCCUCCCGGGGGUCAAACUCUCAGAUGCAGAGAAAGUGAAGUAUGGGACAGAAAUGACCAAGCUUUACAAAGAGAUGGAUGACAAGGACGAUGAGAUCAACCAGCAGUCUCAGCUGAUGGAGUCUCUGAAAGAACAGAUGUUGGACCAGGAGGAGCUCUUAGCCUCCUCCCGUCAGGAUCACGACACCCUGCAGACUGAACUUAACCGGCUGCUGGCGGAGAAUGAAGCCUCCAAAGAGGAGGUGAAGGAGGUGCUGCAGGCCCUGGAGGAGCUGGCUCUCAACUACGACCAUAAAAGUCAGGAAGUCGAGGACAAAGCGCAAGAGUUUGAAGCUCUCAGUGAGGAGCUGAAUGAGAAAUCGAGCUCCAUGGCCUCCAUUGACUCUGAACUCCAGAAGCUGAAAGAGAUGACCAACCACCAGAAGAAGAGGGUCACUGAGAUGAUGUCAUCAUUACUCAAAGACCUGACGGAGAUCGGCCUCGCCCUGGGAAGCAACGACAUUAAGCAUCAAGAGAGCAGUGGACUCAUUGAUGAAGAGUUCACGAGGGCCCGCCUCUGCAUCAGUAAGAUGAAGUCAGAGGUGAAGACGAUGGUGAAGCGCAGCAAACUGCUGGAGAGCUCCAAGGCCAAGAGCACCCAGAAGAUGGACGACACAGAGAUGGAGCUGAUUGCCUUUCAGCUCCGUGUCUCCCAGCAUGAAGCUAAAAUCAAGUCCCUGACAGACAACCUCCAGAAUGUGGAGCACAAGAAAAGACAGCUGGAGGAAAACGUGGACUCUCUCAAUGAGGAAAUAGUCCGGAUCAAAGCCCAAGAGAAAGUCAACACCAUGGAGAAGGAGAACGAGAUCCAGUCUGCCAAUGAAGUGAAGGAAGCCGUGGAGAAGCAGAUCCAGUCUCACAGAGAGAACCAUCAGAAACAGAUCAGUAGCUUGAGAGACGAGCUGGACAACAAGGACAAACUCAUGACAGAGCUACAGGAUCUGAACCAGAAGAUUAUGUUGGAGCAGGAGAGGCUGAAGGUGGAGCAUGAGAAGCUCAAGGCUGCCGACCAGGAGAAGAGCCGCCAGCUGCAGGAGCUCACGGUGAUGCAGGACAGGCGGGAGCAGGCCGGACAGGACCUGAAGGGACUGGAGGAGACUGUGGCCCGAGAGCUGCAGACACUCCACAACCUCAGGAGGCUUUUUGUCCAAGACUUGGCCACUCGAAUCAAAAAGAACGCUCAGGUGGACUCCGGUGACACAGAAGGCAGCACUACGCAGAAACAAAAGAUCAGCUUCCUGGAGAACAACCUCGACCAGCUCACCAAAGCUCACAAGCAGCUGCUACGGGACAACGCCGACCUUCGCGGUGAGCUGCCUAAACUGGAGAAGCGCCUGCGGGCCACCGCUGAGCGGGUCAAAGCCCUGGAGGCGGCUCUGAGGGAGGCCAAAGAGAAUGCAACCCUCGAGCGAAAGCGCUACGAUCAGGAGAUGGAGCGCAUUAAGGACACUGUCAAGCCCAAAAACAUGGGCAGGAGAGCCUCUAUAGCCAAGCCCAUCAGACCAGGCCAGCUGCCGGGAGCCUCUCCCCUGAUCCCCAUCGUCAACAGGUCCAACCUCAUCCAGAACAUCAAGGGAGGAGGCAACAGCAGCUCCUGAGGAUGGAGCACAGUCUCCCAAACAACAAGCCAAAGCUCCAGACCCAGAGAAGUUUUCAUUCCAAAAUAUUGAACUUUGACCCGUUUUAAGAACUGAAAGAGCAAGUGUAUGCAUGAUGAACUGGCUUUCAAUCACUGUUUUUAUUAACGGCAAAUGCUUGGAAAUAUCUCUAAAAGCCAAUAACCCCUCAGCUUCCCAGAGAUGUCUUUCAGCUCAGGGCAGGAAGAGCACUGGGAGUGGGUAGAUGCAGAUGUAAGUUAUGCCUGAUAGCUGCAGGCAAGAGUUUACUUUGUUUUCUAAAACAUUAAUUAUGUUUUGUUUUUAAUAUAUCCAGACUAUUUAAAGCAGGGAAGUGGAUGACUGAUACUUACCCUGUAACACUCCUGACUCACACUAAACACGUGCAAUG